AGCUGUACUGCACAAAUCAGUAGCAGAAAGUUAGGAAAGUACGAAACGUAUAUUGAGUAAUUUAUCGAAAAACUCACAAGUAAAAAAUUCUAAGAAAUGCUUGGAUUUUGUGGAUUUGUGUUGAGUUUACUAGUGCUGGUGAUGGGAUCAACAAUAGAUGAAUCCUGUACAUGCGGUGCCUCCAAAACUGCUGCAGGUCAGACUGAUUCUCGAAUUGUAGGGGGAGUUGAGGCUCAGAGACAUGCUUACAACUGGCUUGGACAUAUAUGCUUUCCGAUGGGGAAUGGUGCGUGGCAUUGUUACUGCGGAGCUGCGCUUGUUACAAGUCAGCAUUUAUUAACUGCUGCUCACUGCGUUUGUCCAAAUACAUUCUAUCCAAGUGAAUUUCAGGAUGAAAAGGGUAGUGUAUUUGUUCAGCUCGGAGAUCAUAAUAAGAAGGAUAUAAAAGAUGCAAGGACUAUGAGUUAUACCCAUGUUGGAUACCGGAUAUGCCACGAAGGAUACAACCCAACCGGAAAUAAUCAAUUUAAAAAUGAUAUUGCUGUUAUCAGAUUAGAAAGCCCUGUAAUAUUUGGCAACUAUGGUGGUCGGGUGGGAACUCUUUGCCUGAACAGAAAUAUUUUGAGCAGACAAGAUAAUCUUGAUGUUUCAGUGGCAGGAUGGGGUCUUACUGAAGAGGAUGGGUCCAACUCGGACUAUCUAAAGGUUGUUGAGCUGAAAACAAUGACUUUACGAGAUUGCUCAAGAACAGGAUACAAAGAUUAUUGGACAAGUUGUUAUGUUUUUAGGACAUAUUUUUCCAAUGGUAUGAUCUGUGCUGGACCACCCUCCUCUCAAACCAGGAGGGAUGCCUGCCAAGGAGAUAGUGGGGGUCCAUUGUUUACAAAGGAUUUGCGAAAUGGUAGAUACUAUCAAGUAGGCCUGGUAUCCUGGGGACUAGGGUGUGCACAACAGGAAUUUCCAGGAGUAUUCUCUAGAUUGAGUUUUUACUGGGACUGGAUAAUGACCCAGCUAGCUGAUGGUGUAUUCUGCGCAGAUCAAUAAAAUAUGAUUUUAUGAAAUAUUUGGCUAAUUAUUAAAUAAAUAUUUAUUUUACAGUUUA